UCCAGAUGAUUACGAUCUACCCUAACCUAAAUCAGGUUAAGAUUUGUCAAUUACGUGGAAAAAUUGUAUCUUGCUGUACCCGUUUAUAUAAAUUGUUGAAAAGUGUUAAAUAUCGAAUGACAUGCUGUUUAUAAAGUGAUUUACUUUACAUCGUUUUAGUUUUUAAUGUGAAACAUAAAUAAAUACGAAUACUAACAGUUUUACGUUGAUGAAAUGGAGUGAUUACAAAUAUAUUAUAUAAAAAGAAAUAGAAAAUUAUGUUAUUUCCUGUAUACUGGUGAUAUCGGCAGUAUUUCUGGAAGAAAGUGGGUAACAUUAGAAACUAAUUUAUUGAAAUGAUGAUGGAGUUGAGUCAUAGUUUGACUCUCAAUGAGGAUGCCCUUAAUCAAAUCCCAGAAGCUAAGAGGCCAGUUUUUAUAUUUGAAUGGUUACGUUUCUUGGAUAAGGUUUUAAUAGCUGCACAAAAGAGUGAUAUUAAGGGAUGUCAGCAAAAGCUAGUAGAACAAUUAACCAAACACAUGCAAGGAGCUCCUGGGCCUCCUACACGAAGACUUAUUGCAAGAUGUCUUGCAACUUUAUUUAGUGUUGGUGAUACAUUUUUGCUUUUUGAUACUGUUAAUAAGUGUAAUGAUAUUCUUAGAAAUAAAGAUGAUUCUCCAAGCUUCCUCCCAACAAAAUUAGCUGCUAUAUGUUGUGUGGGAUGCAUGUAUGAAAAAUUAGGAAGAAUGAUGGGCAGGUCAUAUGAAGAAACUGUACAAAUAUUAAUAAAGUCUUUACGUUCUGCAGAGUCACAAACUCGAAUAGAAAUUAUGCAUACUCUAGAAAAGGUUUGUGCUGGCAUGGGAUCUGCAAUUACAAAUGUUCAUAAAGAAAUAUAUAAAGUUUCUAGACAUUAUCUUACAGAUAGGGUAAUGGCUGUAAGAUGUGCUGCUGCAAAGUGUUUAUUAGAAAUGUUAAACCAUGCAUCAUUUUUGUAUACUACUGAAAUAGAAAGUGUUGCUACACUUUGUUUCCGAGCAUUUGAAGGUUCGAACUAUGAAGUACGAUGUGCUGUUGCAAAAUUACUUGGUACAUUGGUGGCAAUGACUCAACUUCCAGCUCCAAAAGGAAAAAGUCCUUCAGUUACACAAAAUAAAAAUUGUAAACAAAUUUCACUUGACGAAGUCUUGAAUAUUUUAAUGUCUGGAUUUUUAAGAGGUGGAGUAGGUUUUUUGAAGGGUACUGGAGAAAUAAUAAAAGGAAAUUCUAGUGUUAACAGAGAAGUUCGAGUUGGAGUUACACAUGCAUAUGUUGUAUUUGUUCAAAUGCUAGGAGGAUCAUGGCUUGAACGCAAUGUUGGUACAUUAGUUGCACAUGUACUUGAUCUUGUAACGAAUCCAAAAGCAGCAAGCUCACAUGUUGAUGCUGUCUAUUCUAGAAAAUGUGUUAACUUUAUAUUACACGGUACUGUAGGGAAAUUAUUAGGAGAAGGGGCUCAAGCUGCUGCAUGUAAAGAAAUAGCCUACAUUAUUUUGAAACAGAUGAAUUCUAUUGAUUUUAGUCCAGAAAACGCAAAGGACUGUAACCAAGAAACAUUAUUCAGUCAACAUUUAUUAGUUUGUGCACUGCAAGAAAUGGGAAAUUUGAUCUUAGGAUUGGGUACAACAGCUUGUAAUUUAUUGUCUGAUCAAUCUUUGAAUUUAAUUGAUACCAUUAUGGCUGUUUUGAUUCAUCCAUGUCAAGCAGCUAGACUUGCAGCUUCGUGGUGUUUACGUUGCAUUUGUGUAGCAGUACCAAGUCAGAUAACACCUCUAAUUGAUCGUUGUGUAGAUGGAAUAGAAAAUAUGCGUAGUUCACCAGAAGCAAUAGCUGGAUAUAGUAGUGCAUUAGCUGCAGUUCUCGGUAGCGUUCGUUUAUCGCCGCUUGGAGUUCCACAUACAAAAGGAAAAAUUAUAUUUAAUACUGCAGAAGAACUUUUGAGAAGCGCAAGUCAAAACAGUCGUUUAUCGUUAAACAGAACACAUGCUGGAUGGCUUCUAAUUGGAGCUAUAAUGACUCUUGGAACGGCGGUGGUAAAAGGGUUAUUACCUAGAAUGUUGUUAUUAUGGAGAAAUUCUUUUCCUCGUUCAAAUAAAGAACUCGAAAGCGAAAAGGCUAGAGGUGAUGCUUUUACAUGGCAAGUGACUUUAGAAGGUCGAGCUGGUGCAUUAUCUGCGAUGCAUAGUUUCUUGUUACAUUGCCCCGAACUUUUAAAUGACGAUAUUACAAGACGGCUUCUAACACCAAUUGAAUCUGCAUUGGCAAUGUUAACAAAUUUAUCACCUGUAUUGAAAAAUUAUGGUCAACAAUUAAAGGCUCCAGCUGCUAUGGUUCGUUUGCGUUUAUAUGAAACACUAUUAUUAUUACCACCUCAAACUUUUGAAGGUUCUUAUACACAUCUCUUAAGGAUGUUAGUAUCAGAGUUUACAUUAACUGAAAACCCUGGAAAUACUACAACUUCAUUAUUGCGUGCAGUUUGUCAUGCCAAUGAUUCUGUAAUCCUUGGUACAUGGUUACAAGAAACUGAUCAUCGUACAAUUGAAGAUCAAAUGGAACCAAACAGAAGGGCAGAUUUGGAACAUCUGCAACCAAAUAGCGCUGCAGGGUCUGGAGCUUUGGAACACAAUCCAUGUUGUCUUUAUAGACCUGUACCACAAGACGAUAUAAUUCCUGGACCUUUACCUUUGGGAGUUGCAGUCAUUGAUCUCUCUGUAUCCCUGUUUGGUCAGAUCUUCCCACGUGUAGCAAAUAAGCAUAGAUUGCAAAUGUUAGAUCAUUUCAGUGAAUGUAUAAAACAUACAAAAUCUGGUAGACAAGAAGCAAUACAGAUGAACGUUUUUACGGCUGUGCUAAGCGGAUUAAAGGGACUAAAUGAAGCAAAAACUGGCUUUGGUCAAGAAGAUGUUAAGAAAUCUGCGACUAAUCUCAUUAUUAGUGCUUUGGUAAGUAGUAAUUCGAUACUAAGAUGGGCAGCUGGAGAAGCUGUUGGAAGAAUGGCUCAAGUUAUUUCUGAUCCCAAAUUUACGGCGGAAUUAGCACAAACAAGUUUUGACCGCUUAAAAUCUGCUCGCGAUGUUGCUAGUAGAACUGGUCAUUCUUUAGCGUUAGGGUGUCUUCAUAAAUACGUGGGUGGGAUGGGAUCUAGUCAACAUCUGAAUACAAGUGUCAGUAUUUUACUCGCACUUGCUCAAGAUAAUUCAUCUCCAGUAGUACAAGUAUGGGCAUUGCAUGCUCUUGCACUUAUAGCUGAUUCUGGUGGACCAAUGUUUCGAGGCUAUGUUGAACCUACAUUAUCUUUAGCAUUGACUCUUCUUCUUAAUGUUCCUCAUUCUUAUAUUGAUGUACAUCAGUGUAUAGGAAAAGUAUUAUCAGCUCUUAUCACAACAAUAGGGCCAGAAUUACAAGGUAAUACAUCAACGAUUUGUAUGGCACGUUCAUCGUUUUUGUGUGCUUGUGCAAUUAUGCAAGAUCAUCAAGACCCUCUUGUACAGGCAGAAGCUACAGGAUGUCUUCAGCAACUACAUUUAUUUGCACCAAGACAUGUUAACUUAUCUUCUCUGGUUCCUACACUAUGUCGAACUUUAUCAAGCAAUCAUUUGCUUUUACGUAAAGCUGCAAUCUCUUGCCUUCGACAAUUGGCUCAACGCGAAGCGAAAGAAGUAUGCGAACAUGCAAUGACAUUAGCUAACGAAAGUCGAGAUACCAAUAUAGUAGAAGGUCUUGUUAUAACAGAAACUGGUCUACCGGGGGUCUUGUUUAGUAUGUUAGACACAGAAACUGAUAGCAAAUUAAUUAAAGACAUUCAUGACACGCUAACAAGUAUGCUGCAAAUUUUAGCAGCAGAUCAUCUAUCUCAAUGGUUGUCCUUAUGUAAAGAUGUUCUUACAAUAGCUUCAGAAACAUGUAAUAAUGAAGAAGGAAAUACUAUUGACGUUGAAGAUAGUACUACGGAUACUGAUAAUGCAGAUACAGAAGGAGAUGAUGAUCAAGCUGAAUUUCAUGCAGACGAAUCUACAAAACAACGGCCAACUAUUACACCAAGGUGGCCAACUAGAGUAUUUGCAGCACAGUGUGUUAGAAAAAUUGUCGCUGCUUGUGUAAAUAAUAAACAAGCGCACUUUGAUCUUACCUUAGCGAAAGAGAUGCAAACAUCUAAGGGAAAAAGCGACUUUCUAGUAUUACAUCUUUCCGAUUUAGUACGGAUGGCAUUUAUGGCCGCGACAAGUGAUUGUGAUCCUCUUCGGCUUGAAGGAUUGAAAACAUUACAAGAAAUCAUAGAUAAAUUUGCCAAAGUUCCUGAACCAGAAUUUCCUGGACAUUUGUUACUUGAACAGUUCCAAGCACAAGUUGGAGCUGCGUUGAGACCUGCAUUUUCAGCAGAAACAGCAUCGCAUGUUACAGCUGCAGCAUGCGAGGCAUGUAGUGCUUGGAUUGGAAGCGGAGUUGCUAGGGAUCUCAAUGAUCUUCGUAGAGUACAUCAGCUACUAGUAUCUUCUCUAGAAAAAUUAAGGGAAGGACAUACACGAGCACAACUUUAUAACGAAAGUUUGUUAACACUUGAAAGAUUAGCAAUUUUGAAAGCUUGGGCAGAGGUGUAUGUAGUUGCUAUGGUAAAAGAUGGUUCUGCAUUAAACAGUAAAGACACAUUCAAUCAAAAUUCGAAUCAAAUUGAUGAUGAUAAUUGUGAAGAUUUUGGGAAAUUUGAAUUUCAAACUGAAAGUUUAUUAAGCUUAGUGCAACCAGAGUUAUUAAGUUUAAGUCAAUAUUGGCUAGCUGCCUUGAGAGAUCACGCAUUACUUUCCUUACCUCCAGAAUUUUCCAGCCAAUUACCUCAUGAUGGUGGAGCUUUUUACACAACAGAUACAAUGGAAUCUGCUCGACCUCAUUAUGCUGAAUCAUGGGCACCUAUUUUACAUGCUGCAACACUUUGGCUUAAUGCAAAAGGAUUUGGAUUAGAAGAGAGUAAAAACGAAGUGGAAGCAUCAAACGCAACUAAUAAUAAUAACAAUAACAAUAAUAAUAACAGUGAUGUCUCUACUAAUAAUACUACAAACGUUGAACGUUUCCAUUUAUUAUUUGGUAUAUGUAUGGAAGCAUUAUGCAGCCCUCGUGCUUCAGAGUCUACUCAAAAUACAGAAACAUGUUUAAAUGCAUUGUAUACUUUAUUAGAUUCUACUUGGGCUCGUAAAGUUUUAAUUACAGACCGUUCAUUACCGAUUGAAUUAUGUAAUGUUCUUCACAGAAUGCUUUUAACAAGAGAAAGUUUCGUAAUACAAAUGAUAGUAAUGGAAGUUUUGAAACAAAUAAUGAAAGCAGCACAAGAAGAUUUGACAGAGAGAAAAAAAUCUAAAUUGGAAGAAAUAACACCAGCACAUGAAGAAACCAAUGAAACUCAACAUGUAGAUUUACUAGGGGAAGGAGAAGAAAGUGGUGAACUUAAUCCUGGAAAGUCAUUGGUAUUUGCUGUUCUAGAAGUGUGUUUGUGUCUUUUAGUCCGACAAAUCCCAGCACUAAAUCCUAAUCCUGAUGGAACAACAGCGAUUUUAUCCCAAAGGGGAUAUAUGCCAUCUGAAGAAAGUGGAAAACUCAUAGCUGCUGCUCUUAAUAUAAUGGAGUCUCUUCCUACUCUUUGUUCUCCUCAAGGAGCUGUAGCAAUUUUACCAACACUCCUGUAUUUAUCAACUGGAGUGAUCAGAGAAACUGCAGUCCGUACGGACAGUGAAUCCAAUAAAACAACAUCAGAUACACCAGUUCAUGCAGCUUUACAUUGUAUAAAAAGUCUUACCACAAAUAAAUAUGCAAAAGAUCAUAGAAGUCAGGAACAAUGGACAAGUCUUUUACAAAGUGCUCUUGCCAAAAUCAUUGAUCUGGCUAAAACCGGAAAUGAUGAAACGAAAAUGGACGAAGUGGCGAUGAUGUUAGGUAUUGCGGUAUUUGUUCUUCAUGCAUCUUCUGAAGUUGUGAGUGCACCGAAUUUACAAUUUCCGUGUAUAAAUCAUUUUAGACACGCUUUCCAGUCAGAAAACAUAAUGGUCAAAUUAAAAUGCGUUCAAACAUUGAGAACGAUAUUUUUACAUCCAGAUCGUGCAAUAAGCACUCCUUAUAUCCAUGCAUUAGCUCCAAGAUUAGUAGAAUAUCUAUAUAGUGACAAGAGUAAACAGAUUACAACUGAUUUAGAAUUAUCUUUCACUUUGGAAUGUAUUAGCACAGUUGAAGCUCUUAUAGGACUUGCCGAUCUUUCACAUCGAGACUUUUUACAAGGCAUACAAAUGUUGACUUUACUUGUGCCAAUCCUAAUUAAUUAUUUAUUGGAGGGAGAUCAACUACAACAUGCUUCCAAAUAUCAAUUAAGUCUUCAUCAACAAAGUUUUCAAUGGCUUAAUAAGAUAGGACCAAAAUAUCCUCAGGAAUUUAAGAUGUUAAUGUCUCAAUCUACAGAACUAAAAACUAAAUUAGAAAAUGCAGUGAGAUCCACUCAUCAACAAGCACAAAGACAUACUAGACCAGUAGAUCUUGUAAAGCCACAGAUAAAAAUUUCUACACCAUCCAUUAAACUCAAAACAGAUUUUUCAAAUUUUAAUUGAAACUUUCUAUAAUCGAAUUUGACAUGUUGUAUAUUUAUUGGGGAAAGAAAUGUAGUUUAUUUAUUAUAAUUAAAACUUUUAUAGCUUUAACAAUUAAAUAUAUGUUACAGGAAUAAUACAAACAAAAUCUAGGUUUUUAUUUUUUAAACAAACAUUAUACUUUUAUAACAUGAAGAGUAAAAAAUAAGAUAAUGUAAAAAAAUAGGACAUAAUAGUGUUUCUAAAUAAUAUACAACAUGUUAAAAAUAGUGCAUCUAAUCCUACUAAUGAAUAAUAAUAUAUCAUCAUUGUAUUAGUUCAUUAGUUAAAUUCCAUGCAUGACGUGUGGAACAGAUAUAAGAUAUAACUUGAUAUUAUGUGUAAGAUAAAAUAUUUUAAUUAUGAAAUUUUCAUAAAAAUUUCAUUAAUAUAAGUACUUGUUUCAUAGUACUUAUUCCUUAGCACUUAGUAUUAUUUAAAAUAAAAUAAUGAUUUGAUUUAAAUAUAAAAACAUUUAAGAAGAUAACAUUGGCAUAAUUAUGCAAUAUAUAAGUUCAAAAACUUUUUUUUCAUUGUACGGAUUUAUGUUCCUUAAAUAAAGAAAAUUAUUG